AGCAGUGAGUGUCAAAGCGACGAAUAUCAAGCUGCUGAUUCCCCUGUCAUUGUUCUCGACGUGUGACUGCCCGCAUAAGCUAACCGUUCUCCUGCAGCCCUCCGAUAAUUCGUCAGCAAAAAAGUAAUAAGAAUAAGCAAACGCAGAGCGAAAUCACGUUUCACGUUCGUCUGGGAAAGAAAUGCCGUUUCGCGGAAGGUCCUGAUUCUCGGUACCAUGAGCGGAUAUAAUGCUCGCAUCGGUCCUGCAGUCGUCGCACGAGGAUAACAACAGCUGUAGUGGCACUCAAGACGAGAUUCUGAGGUCAGCUCGCGCCAACGUCGGCCUCAUCGCCGACGGCAUCUGGGCGCCUAGCGGACAGGACGAGACCUAUCGCAAGCUCAAUCGAGCUUUAUGGAUACGGAGCAACCAGAUAGCCGCCAGAUAUGCGGAGCUCGAGAGCCAGCAGCAGCGACACGAGCCACGGAGUCGGGUACGCGAUGUCAUACCGGACUCGCGGUUGGCCAUCUACGGCGACUUCGAGUACGAGAACGAGCCGCCACAAGAGGACUUGGAAGAGGAGAAACGUCGGAGGGACGAAUCGCCGGAAACGACGAAUGGAGAGUCCAAGGGGAGGGACAAGGAGUCGUGGAUGCUCGACGAGGUCGAGGAGUUUGUCGCCUGGGCCGAGGAGGCCCGCAAACGCUCGAGACGGAGAUGUAGAUCGCUCUCGAAGCCGAGUGGAGCGCUAAAGUCAUCCCGAAAAGCCGAGGAGCGCAGAGCCAAGGAAAAAUCGAGUGAAACUUCCAACAGCUACUCGGACGAGUCGACGGCCCCGCGUCGUUUCAGCGUGACGAACGUCUCGGAGGCUCAGCUCGAGGGUCGGAUCUUCAACGAGGCCGUCCGUAGUCUCUGGCGAACCAGCUCGGCGGCUUUGAACUCGACCCCGAGCACGAGGACGCUGAGACAGUGCCAGAGAGAGCUGGGGAUGUUGAGGCCGACGGCCACGGCCAGGAGGGUCAGCGAGCUCCAGCUGACCCACUCGAGCUUCCAGAACGAACGACUGAGAUUGCCGGCCAGCCGCUGUCAGUACUCGUACAUGCAUCAGACGCUGAACAUAGUCCAGCAGCAGCGAGUCAACUCUCCGGUAACAGCGCCACUGGCAGCCCUGUGCGUCGACGUGCCGGAAUUCUUUCCCAAAGGACCGAACACGUGGCCCUGUCUCGAAGAGCAGCAGCAGCAAGCUAAGCCGAUCCAUUUUUACGCCGUCCCGACCCUGGCUUCGGACAGCAGUCCUUAUCAGGACGAAAUGUUUCCGUACAAGGGCCACGUGGCUGGCAGGAAGGCAGUUGCCGUUUAUCAAAACCGAGUGGUCCCGGUGGUCCCGGUGGUCCCGGUGGUCCCGGUGGUCCCGAUGGUCCCAACCCCACUGGUGAGUGCGCUCGUCUGGCCCCCCCCGACGUGGGCCCAGCAGCGCCUACUCCCCCCAGGGCCGAUCCACAUCCACCAACUCCCGGGGGCUGCAUCACUGCCACCGAACUGCUCGAUGAUGCCUCCAACUCCGGCGCCGCAAGCCCAACCAGCGGUGGUCCACCGACCCAUCAAGAUCCACGAGUCCACGGUCGGCAAGCCCUCUCCCAUCCCCGUGUACCAGAGGCCCCAGCAACAGCAGUCGGGAAAAUCGGGCCAGGAGUACGGCCAGCGCAAGAAGAGCCAGGGCGUGGACUUUAGCAAUCUGAUCCUGCUGACCAAGAGCGCGAUGAAGGUCAGACGCAACCAGGGCAAAGCCGCGAAAAAGGCCUUCAGCGAGACGGCGGGGAAAGGACAGUCGAGCGCCAAGGCUGAGGGCUACUCGACGAGAUGGCUCGACAAGGGAUGCCAGCCGAAAAGAGAGAGGGAGUUCGUGACAGUGAGCACUGUACCGCGACUUCCGAUCACGAGGAGCGAGGACCUGGCCUGCAGCACCAACAGCGGCAGCGGGAGUCGCAGAACCUCGCAAUCGGCCGACGACGAGCUGACCGAAGCUUCGAGAAAGCGUCUCUACCGGGACGUACUGGAAAGCUCGACUGCGAGCCCAUCGAGUCGAGACGAUGACGAGGACGACGUGCGCUUCGAGAAGAGGUACGACGAGCUCGAGAGACAAGCCAUGGAGCAGUACCGGACGUCCGAGGAGUGCCUCGCACUGAGAUACCAGGAACUGGAGCAACAAGCUCUCGAACAGUACAAAAACGCCGAGAGCUCCGAGAGCAUAGGCCUCGAGCAAGAAAGCCUCCUUCACGCCCGGUCGACCGGCAACUCGAACGGCGACGGCGACGACGACGACCACGACGACGACGACGAGGCCGAAGAGACGCGCGACCACAGCUCGUCGUCGGGGUUUGGAAAGUACAGCAGGUCCUCCAAAGAGACGAGCGAAGCCGCCGACGUGGUCGUCGUCGUCGACGACGGCAACGAAAAAGAGUCCAAUUCCCACGGGUGAGAGGGUUUCUGCGGGAGGACCUGGCUGUUUCUUUUGCGUAAGAAUUUCCAUCGCUUUGGCAAAAAAAACUUGGUUACUUGUCUACAGCUUUUCUGUGCAUCGAAGAGGCGCUCAAAGUUUUGCGUAACGCGAUAAUUUGUCAAUAGCCUGCGUUUGAUGAAAAUUUGCUCAGUUGUAUAGACGCGCGUAAACAGUCCGCGAAACAUACGUGGUGCAUAUUGUCACAAGUGCUCGUAAUUAUACUCUACAGUCGUACACAGUCGCAGUUAUUGCAACAGCAGCGCGGUACGAUGCGCUUGGAAAAUAACACGGCACGUUAUUGGCACGAGUGCGCUCGAUAUACUGUUCUUCAGCGUACAUACAUAGUAAUAAUUCUCAAAGGCGUCAAUGUUCUGUUCCAGUUAUGUGCGGCGCCAGUGUAGUCUGUAGAUUGUCUGUGGAUGUAUUAUGUUAUUGAUCGAUGUAAUAAUUUAUGUGAGAAUUGAGGGAAGAAGUUGAUUCAGCUUUUUUGCAUCUGUGCAUUCUACUUUUAUAGUCGCAUUGCUGUAUGCAUAUCUGUUAAUCGGUGUAAUAAAGUUUUCUUUACGUCUAUGCGAUGGAAUUCUUUAUUUAGACCCUGUGACAGAAUAACAAAUGCGUUCGUUGACGCAUUUCGUUUGAUAAUGAAAGUUUCGUUUUAAUUCUAUACGUUGGCUCUCGGUAUAAAACGUUUUUCGACACAUCGCGAGUCGACUUUUAAUUUUAUUAGCUGUACACGGCUAGCGAAUACCGAUAAUCAUCAAACGCGAAGUCGUACUCGAGACACAUUGGACCAAACGUUUGAAGUUACCCUUUUCGCGACGUUCAAAAUGAGAAGUUUGAGAGGUUUGCCACUUGGGAAUUUGCAACCCUUUAUCGCCUGCGAGACGGACAAUAAUGGAAAACAGAUUGCGCCGACUUUUAAUUUCAUUAGGACUGUAUCGGCGAUUGAUUAACGCACAAAGAGAAUGUACGCGAAACUCCUGUCUGACUGGAGCAGAAUCACGAAAUUUUACCGUUGAAAAAUAUAUAACAGUUUGAAUUUUAUAUAACGUCCCAUUUCGUCAGAUCAAUUCUUCAAUUCAAUAAACAAGUCUUCAGUAUUAGCUAGUUUUCUAUCUCGAUAAAAUGAAAAAUACAAAUUUUUAAUUUAUAUAGAGUAGAAUUAAUCUUUUUAGCAGAGAAAAAGUAAACUUUCUUGACUGUUACCUUUUAGACUGAUGAACAACCUUCUUCAAAAUCUCAAAAGAUAGAUACAGAAACUUCUCUCUCUCUCUCUCUCUCUCUCUCUCUCUCUCUCUCUCUCUCUCAC